CUUUGCGAGUAGCCACAUAUUUUCAAGAGUGACAACAGUGUGCCUAUGGACACCAGACUCGUUUGAACUGACAAAAUUUUCUUGAUAAACAACUGAGUGUCCGUAGAUUCCAUGUCUGAUCUGGUUUAUUUUUACAUAAGCCACCCAUCCUUCUGAUACAUUAAUUGAGCGAGGAAGGAUAAAUCUCUCUAUACAAAUCUGUCUUGCACUUCAUCAGCAGCCACUCUCUCUUUCUAUGCCACCAAAAACCCAGUGGCCCUCUCCACUGCAUUAUUAACAGACAUCAAUAAAAGAAUAACAGUUUAAACAGCACUUCAAACCAGAACAACACAAUUUUUUAAUAGCUGAAGUGGUAGAUAACCAAGUCAUAUCCCUAUUGAAUCAGAUAUUGAAGCCUCUGUAACACAUUUUUAAAUAAUAUUUAAGGGAUUCAGACCACUUUAUCACUGACCGUUUUUAAUUCAAGGAUAGAUUUAUAUGCACAAGUUGCAACACUAGCUACACUAUCCUUUGUAAAAUGCACCAUUGUCACAUGGGGAGACAGGCUGUUGAUUGUUACACAUUAAUUAUGUCUAAGUUCGAAACAUUUCUAUAGAGGCAACUAGAAUGGCAGAUGUGAUUUUACAAUAACUAAUGUACUCUCUGCUAAUAGAACACCAACAUGAAUUGUUUUAGUAAUCAAUGAGCCAGAAUGAUAAAUUCACUGAUCGUGGGCCCUCAAAAUAUAGAAGAAGAGUAACAUUGACCCCACAUAAUAUAAACCAAAUCCACAAUUUAACAUAAUUUUGUUAUUAUUCAAGAAACCGCCCCUUACCCUCACUACUUUUUUAUUUUUAUCGAUUCUGUAUUUGUUUAUGUAGAAAACUUGCAACUGUCUUUUUUAACUAUAAAUAUUAAAAUUAAAGCUUUUUUUCCAUUGAUAUAUUGUAUUAAAUUUAACAUCUAGUAUUAGGAAAUUUCUUCUCAUAGAUAGUCUCAAUUUAUUAAAGCUUUACUCUACUUGUUACAUACACAGAUGGUUUGUGUCUUUUGAUUUAACUUUGAGACAUUGUUGUUUUAUAAAUGGGCAGGUUUAGCAAUAACAGUUAAACCUAACUUAUGGCUGGCUUUGCAAAUGUCUGUCCGAGGAUACAGCCCAGCAGUACCACAGGUGGCUGAUAAAUCACUCCUAAGUAAAUUGAGGAAACAAACAGGCAUCCCAUUCAACAACUGUAAAAAAGCUCUGACGAAGUUUGAUAACAAUUUUGAUCAGGUAAACAAACAAAAUAUUAUUUUUUGUUCAAAUUUAACUUUUCAUGGAAUUAAGCUCAUAUAGCCAGUAAAAAAAAAAAGAUCAUAUUGUGUUUCAAUCAUAAAGUGUUAGCUAUGCAUAAUAUGACUUUGUAUAAUUUGUUACUAAAUGUUACUGGUAUCUUCAAAGAAAAAAGAUUUAAUGUUCUUUUUUUCCUCCCUUUCAAGGAAGUCCUAUAUAGUUUUAAAAAUAAAAAUGUUCCAAUAUAUUUUCUUUGUCUCAAGUCUCGGGUCAAUUUUACUGCGGUACUUAUUAAAAAAUUUUAAAAAUUAAUUUGAUCUUUUUUUUUGUGUAUAAAUGUUAUGUUAUAGACUUAUUAGAAUCUCUUUUUCUAAAGGCCAAGCAAUUGCUGCUAUAAGAAGCACAAAAAUAGGGUUGGGCUAGAGCAACAAAAUUUCAAGCAUGACUAAUGUCUCAAGGCUUGGUAGCUGUUCUGGCUGAUAACAAAGAGGCAACUAUGAUAGAGGUGAAAUCUAAUUGAUAUUAAUUUACAUGUUCUUUGCUUUAAAAUCAGAUGAUUUCAUUUGGUUCUAUUUUUCCAUUUCUACCCCCUGAAAUUUUAAAGAGGAUUUGAUUUAUUGUAUUCAUGUUAUAAUGUUUAAAAACAAUAGUGGCUUUAUUGCUCAAUCUAUUUUUUUUUAAAUUUUGGAAUCCUAACAGGUGAACUGUGAGACUGUUUUUGUAGCUCGAAAUGAGAAGUUCAUUUCCAUUUCCAUGGUUACCAAGCUAGUUCAAGAGUGUGACAGUCACUUUGGAAAUUUGAAGGAAAAAGAGGUGCAAUUUCAAUUUCAAUGUGAAAUAUUCAAUUGAUUUGUUUUUUAAAGAAAAAAAAAUACCAACAGUUAUUUUGAUGUUUUUCCUCAAAACUCAAAAUAUCAGUGAAAGUAAAAUUUCCCCAUUUCCUACAAACAUCUGCAUUACAGGCUGCAUACCCCUUUGUGCUGUAUUAUUAUUAUUUUCUUUUGCUGCAUUUCUUUAUAAGUAAAUCUGAAUAUUUUUAUUUACUUUCGUUAAUGAGUUAUAAAAGUUAUACUAGAGGUUAAGAACAUCUUUCCAGAUGUUGAGUCAACUUGUGAAAAUGUACACUGAUUUACAACUUCAGAUAUUUAGUAAUAUACAACUUCAGAUAUUAACCGAUUUACAACUUCAGAUACGGUAUACUGUUUUACAGCUUCAGAUAUUUACUAAUAUACAACUUCAGCUAUUUAUGGAUAUACAACUUCAGACAUUAGUGUUGAAAAGUUAUUCCAGAUGUAACUUUAUUGAGUUUUUUUUUGUUUUUGUAUUUCUAAGAAAAUUAAAUUGAUAACUUUUGUUUUCUAUUUUUGUUUACAAGUAGAAGUAUGUCUUUUACUUAGGCAUGUGAGAAAAGUUACAUCAGAACUAGUUUAAGCAUGUGUGGGCUAAGCAAAUGUCUUUCUUGAUAUUUUUUUAAAUACCAAAAGAUUUUGACUAGUAACAAAUUACACAAAUAAAUUUGUUUUAAAAAAAAAAGCUUCAUAAUUUAGCAAAGAUAGAAUCUAAAUGUAUGACAUUUUUGGGUUAAUGGUGAAUUUUUUUCACCUCACAUUUCAGAUAACCUUAAACAAAACUAAACUAGACCAAAUCUAAUGAGACAACUUUAGCAGAUCUUGUGGUGCUCACUGUUGCCAGUCUUGGAGAGAACAUGUCUCUAAGGAGGGGGGCAUGCAUCAGAGCAGGGCCUGGGAGUAUGUUGGCUUCCUAUGUUCAUCCAUCAAGUAGGUUUUCUUAAUCAUACAAUAAUAAUACACACUAGUUGUUGAUUGCAUUUAAUUGUUGAUUGCAUUUAAUUUGUUGAUUGCAUUUAAUUGUUGAUUGUGAUUACUUUAAAUUCACUUUAGGCAUAACAUCAUGUCAUAUAAAUGUAUACAAUAUAUGAUAUUUCGAGCCAGGACAAGUGUGAGGAAUUUACAGAUUAUAUAACUUUUAUUGAUCUAUUUUAAUCCAGCAGGAAGCUUGAUAUUUCAAGCUACAGGGCAGAACUAAACUUCAAACAGCCAAUUCAAAUUUUUGUUUAUGCAUCCAUUGUAACUUUUACUGAGCUUGUCUCACAGCAAAGCAGACUGAUCCAAAGCAAAUGAAAAUGCAAACUCAUAAACAAAAAAACCUAGACUCAGUGUUAACAAAAAAAGGUUUUGAUGGUUAUUACUUCAGCUUUUCAUAUUUUUUUUUUGUUUCAUGGUUUUUGGUAGUCUGUUGACAGUCUUAAUUCAUCUGAGUUUUAACUCAUCAGGUUGGCCUGUACAUAUUUUAUUACUAAGCUUAUUCAUUAUUUUUUGUUUUGUCUGCAUAUUAAUUUAUUUAAUUUUAUUAUUACUCUUGACAGACUCCAGUAAAUCACAGAAAAGCAUAUUAUUAGGUAAAUAUGGAUCCAUAGUAGAAAUGAAGAAGAACAACAAGGUUGAAAAACCAGUGAUGUCACUCAAUGACCUCAGCAGCCACAUUUGUCAGCAUAUAGUCGGUAUGAAUCCUAAAACAGCCUGUGAAUACAUCCCGAGAGAAAAUAAAAAACCUGUGGAAGAAAAGAGGUUUGAUGAGGAAGAUAUCUUUAAUGAAGAUGGCUCAAGUGAGGCUGCUGUCCAAAUGCAGGUCGAAGUGGAGGAAGACAAGUUGCUGAAUCAAGAAUUUCUGCUGGACACCACCAUGACAGUCGGGGAACUUGUGUCGAUCAACGGGGUGGAAAUUUUGCAGUUUAGGCGUUUCGCUUGCGGAGAGGAGGUAGAAGGGGAAGCUAAAGCAGAGCAGUGAGACAUUUACCAAUAUGGGUUAACACUUGGGGUAGACUACAUAGAUGACAGCUUAAAGGUUAUCAGCAUUAUUUUGACGAGUGUUUGAGUAUUUCUUAACGUAAUAAAGUAAAAGUGAAUGUCAUGUUUAAUAAUGGAAGGGAUG